AUGAUAUGUGGAGAGCGCUCGCCAGGGUCGGUGAGUGCAGCAGGUGGCGGACGUGCACUGGACUCCACGUACGUAAGUCUGACUGGACGUCGCAUAAAUAUGGCGCUACGAGCAUACGCGACAUGCGACACGCUGGCUUUUGCGGUGCGGUGCAGGGAUACAUUUAAAAACAAUAGAGUUCCGGUUCCGGCGCGCGCAGACCUCGCGGCGCCGCAACAGCUGAGCGAUGACGACACGCCACGCCGCGCUGGAGAGCCCACAGCACAUGUUUGUCAUGUCAAAUACCAAUAUACUAUACUUAGAUGUCACGCAUACUUGUAG